GUUGAAAAUGUCCAAGCCAGUUUUAGCAGGACUAGCCAUUGGGCUGAUCUUCAUGAGCAGCUUCACAGGCCAGUGCUAUGGUCAGCUGCAGGUAGGAUUCUAUGAAGGAAAAUGUAGCGGCAAAAACGUCGAGGCCAUUGUCGGCGGUGUCAUUGCUGGCUGGAUCAAGAAGGAUCCGACUAUCGUUGCCGCCCUCCUCCGCAUGCAGUUCCAUGAUUGCUUUGUCAAUGGAUGUGAUGCAUCAAUCCUACUAGAUGGUAGCAACAGUGAGAAAACAGCAUUCCCAAAUCUAAGUGUGAGGGGCUUUGACAUAAUUGAUGCUGCAAAGGCUGCUGUGGAGGCUGUAUGCCCGGGAGUAGUCUCUUGUGCUGACAUCAUUGUUAUGGCUACCAGAGAUGCAGUAUCUUUGUAUCAUCGGUGA